CAAAUUCUUACACAAGGAAAAAAGCCGGUUGAGUUCCGACUUCCCGACGGUCACAGUCUCACCUCGUCGGUUACCGUUUAUUAACAAAAUGUAUUACAAAUGUAGUGGAUUCACACAGAGACUGACGGGAGCCGUGUCAUCCUCCGCCUACAGCCCGCAGGGCUUGAGGUCAAAUAUACCGUCUGAAUCCCCUACCAUCUUCUUUGCCACCCCAACUAAACUGGUGUCGGAGUCAAAUGCUCCAGUGGAGUAUAUGGGUGCCAACAAGGUUCCAGAUCUCCAGAGGAUAUUUCAGGCCUCUGAAGAGAUUCCUGUUCAUCUGAAACGAGGUGUUUCAGACAGACUCUUGUACAGGACCACUAUGGCACUGACAGUCGGGGGAGCUCUCUACUGUCUCGUAGCUCUUUAUAUAGCAGCACAGCCCAAAAACAAAUGAACUGUACCCAGCCUAUUUUCAUCAACUCACAUCAUCAGCAUUGAAAUAACAUUUGCGAUGUGUAACUUUGUUGUAUUCAUUAUGAACAUUAUUAGCAAUAUGCCUCCCAGCAUCAAUCACUAUGAACAGACACUCAGCCCUGACAAAGCUUUUUACUGAACAAUGCCAUUUUACUUGUGUGUCCUGUAUCAGAUCUGGGAUGUUGUUAGUUGUGUUUAUUAGAACAGUGGUUCUCAAUUUUUGUAAUUCCAAGGCCCCAAAAGUCAGUAUUUCAUGCCCCCCCUCCCCCUAGGUUGAUAAUUAUUAAUUUCAAUGUUAUAAAAUUGUUAAUUUAAUUUGGUGUAGUGUAAAUUUCCUUUUUUUUUUUUCAUCUAGAACAUACUCUUAAAAAUAAAGGUUCCAACAGGAGGGUUUUCACAACAAUACCAUACAAAAGCCAUUUUUGGUUCCACAAAGAACAUUUAAGUGAACAGUUCUUACAAGAAUGUUUUUUCUUAGUGUGAAGAACAUUUUCACUUUAAAAAACCUUAAGUGCAAUGUGCAAAGUUUCCAUGAAUGUUAAAGUUUCUUCACAGAACCACUGAUGCCACUAAAGAACCUU